UGUGUGUGUGUGUGUGUGUGUGUGUGUGUAUGUGUCAGUCAGAUCAGGAACCACCUCUUGUUUCAAAAGGGUGAUCGUUAUUAUUCUUCCAGUUUUCUUGGGGUGUGUGUGUGUGUGUGUGAGUGAGGAAGAGUUAGUUUGAAUCAUGCAGCAGCAGCCUCUUCUGAAAUCCCAGAACAAACCACUGGAUAUUGGAGAACGAGGUCAGGAACGUCACGGUGCACGAUCUGAGCGAUGGACGUCGUGGACUGAGAGGGUGGAACUUCCUGUAGUGACUCGGCCUGGGCUCGGCCUGACGACCACCACAGUGACCACCAUCACGCAGACGGGGGGAGACUGGAGCACGGGGCUGCUCGACGUGUGGAACGACCUCAGCACCUGCUCGGUUGGUGUGUUUAUGCCAUGUUGUCUGGAUAUGAGUUUGGCUCAUCAGUUUGGAGAGUGUGUGUGUUUGCCCCUGCUUCCUGCCUCCACGUUGGCCAUGCGGGUUGCCAUCAGAGAGCGUUUUAAAAUCAGGGGCAGUAUGUGUGAGGACUGGGUGACGGUUUUCUGCUGCUAUCAUCUCGCCGUGUGUCAGAUGAUGCGGGAGAUGAAGAGAAGGCUGAAGAGACAGACGUACACAGUUACCACUUCACUGGAAAGCUGCUGAGGGACUCUGCGUGUGUGUGUGUGUGUGUGUGUGUGUGUGUGUGUGUGUGUGUGUGUGUGUGUGUGUGUGUGUGUUUGAAAACGGAAGCCUCUGUAUGGAUUUACACUCUCUGUAGUUUCCUCUUGGUGCUUGACUCAGCAGGAAGUGUGUGUGAUGGAGAUGAAAUCGUCUGGUCUCAUCCAAAUAAACAGUUUCAUGGAA